AUGGACCUGGCGGCGUUCCUCGCCACCAGGAACAUCCUGCUCAAGGCCGUCGUCAGCGCCGUGGUGCUCGGCCACUCCGGGACCUCCUACCUAGCCGUGCUUAUCGGCCGUGAUAGCGAUGUGCUCCGCAUCCACGUGCCCGUGCCCACGCUCGCCGUCUCCGGCGCGUGCCUCACGUCCACCAUCAACUCGGGCACCGCCAUCAUCAGCAUUGCCAUCAUCGCCUUCGUGCUCGUCGGCGGCUUCGCGCACUUUGACCCCACCAACCCCGGCCCCUCCUUCUUCCCUUCCAGCGCCGCGGGCGUCUUCUAUGCCGUCGUUAUCAGACCCGGGGCAGCGGGACUAUGA